GCCAGGUCGGAUCAAACUGAGGUGCUGCUGCGACCAUGACGAUCAGUUGUUUCGCCACAAAAACUGCCCAGUCUAGACUUCACGCUAGUAACUGCUGCCGUUCAAUCCGCGGUAGGUUGCAAUUGAGAUAAAUACAAGGCCGAAUUACGCUCCAAAAAAAGAAAAAAAAAAAGGAGGUACGCAAUAUUUUCUUUGCUUUAAGCAAUAGUGAUUCAACAGAAACUUAAGGUAAACUCCCCGCCAUACCCCGCAUUCACGCGGGCAUCCAUCCCACUUGUCACUCUCAAAUCAACAACCACAAUUGAAAGAACGAAGAAAGGAAAAGGUGCUUAAUUCAUUCGAAGUCGCUUGCGUUCCCCCCAGCAAGACAACAAACAUAUUUGCUAGCAGAACGCAACCAAGGAAAGCAGCAAACGAACCGAACACCAAAGAUGGUCGGACGCGCCAACAAGCCGAAGGAGUUGGUUUCAACCCCCGGGCUUCCACCCCAGGCGACAGUGACCUUCUCCGAGGACAACUCGCGCGUCAGGGCUGAGCUGCCCACGGGUGAGAGCGUCGAAGUGCUCCUCUACGGCGCCACGGUGAUCAGCUGGAAGGAUGCCUCGGGUGACGAGAAGCUCUGGUUGAGCGACGCGGCCAAGCUGGACGGCAGCCGGGCCGUGAGAGGCGGCAUCCCUGUUGUCUUCCCUGUUUUCAGCACAGCCCCCGACCACCCGCAGACCAAGGACCUCCCGCAGCACGGGUUCGCGCGCACCUCGCGCUGGGAGUUCCUGGGCAAGUCGACGUCCGAGUCGUUGGUGGGCAAGGCCGCCAACGAGCCGACGGUGAAGCUCGACUUUGGCCUGAGCUCGGCCGCGCCGGGGCUCGACCCCAAGGCGUCCGCCCACUGGCCCUUCAAGUUCAACCUGAUCUACAGCGUGACUCUCAACCAGCGCAGCCUGACGACGAGCAUCGUGGCCGCCAAUGACGACAGCGCCCCAUUUGACUGCCAGGUCUUGAUGCACACGUACCUGCGCGUCAAGGACAUCACAAACGUAGAGAUCACCGGCCUCGCGUCGGCGCCCUACUUCGACAAGGUCGACUCGGCGAACCCGCACAAGACGCAGCCGGCCGAGCCGGCCGCCGCGACCAUCACGGGCGAGACGGACCGCGUGUACACGCCCGCCGGGGACGUGACGGUCGCCGAGGGCGGCGUGCCGCGGUACCGCGUCACGCGCGAGAACUUCGGCAACGUGGUCGUGUGGAACCCCUGGGCGGACAAGGCCCGGGCCAUCCCGGACUUCGAGCCCAAGCACGGCUUCCGGAACAUGCUGUGCGUCGAGCCCGGCGCCGUCGCCGGCUGGCAGUCCGUCGAGUCCGGCGAUGCCUUUGAGGGCGCGCAGACCAUCACCCUCUUGGAUUGACCGUUGCCCCGUUCUCCGGAGCGGGAGCGGGAGCGGGAGCGGGACCGAGACCGGGAGUGCGCAGGUGCUGUGCGGGGGAAAGAGGAGAGGAACAAGAGCGUUUUGUGAGUUGCGAAAGCGGGGUCCGCGACAGCUCUUCGGUUAAGCUUAGGGUGGCAAGGUGAUGGGUGUCACGGCAUGCCUGACCUUUUUUUUUUUUUUUUUUUUUGGUCUUUCUAUCUUCGAGGUUGGCCGCCGCGCACACGAACGCUGAGUGGGAUGUUGGAAAGACGGGGUGUUUUAUGACCGGACAAUGAGAUACAUGGUAUUCCGCGCUAUAUAUAUAUAUAUAUAUAUAUAUAUAUAUAUAUAUACAUAUAU